CGAGUGAGCGUUAGGAUACAACAUGGCUGCCGCGGUGGGUUGUCAGUAGGGGAGUUGUUUUUACUCUGAAGCAGUUGCUUUAUUUCGGUUAAAGGCAGAGGACAGAGUGCGCGCUCGGGUCCCGCCAUGGCUCGGUGUGCUCAGUCCGUGCAGGAGUUCAUCCAGGACUCGUUCGUGCCCAUGGUGGCUGUGCUGUGCAGCGACGACGCCGAGAGACUGAGCCGCAAAAACAACCUGAGUUUCCCCGAGCUGCUGCGGCCCUUCUGCCGGCUGACCUCGGAAGGUCACCUGCGCGACCCCAAUAACCAGAUCGUGGUGGUGAAGGGGCUGAGGAUCAGUGUGACAGGAGUGAACACUCGGCCAGCGCACCCCACCGAGCUGGACAGACUCCUGAGCCAGGCCGUGUCAGCCUGUCAGCCCCCCGAAGGACCCGCUGCUAACGUCAUCACUGCUGGAGACUACGACCUCAACAUCAGCGACCGCUCGGUCAAAGCUAGCGUUCCCUGGUACUCUGACUGGAGAGAAACGUUCACCCAGCUCAGCUCCUCCAAAUACUAUACAGCAACAACACCAUGGUUUGAAGCAUACAGGGAGAGUUUUCUACAGUCCAUGCCUGCAUCGGAUCACGAGUUCCUCAACCACUAUGUGGCCUGUAUGUUGGUGGUGUCGUCUCAUGAAGCCGUGCCCACUGAGCAGUUUCAGAAGCUCUCUCAGGAGCAGCACAGGAUCCAGCACAGUGGAGAGUACACUUACCCCAAAUGGUUCAUCCCCAACACCCUCAAAUACUACGUCCUACUUCACGACGUCAGUGAUGGAGACGAAAAGAGGGCAGACUCCAUAUAUGAGGACAUGAAGCAGAGGUACGGUACUCAGUGCUGUUACCUGUUGAAGAUCAACUCCGGAACAGGUGCUGCUCGGCCAGAUGAGCAAAUGCCUGACCCCUGGAGUCAGUAUCUACAGAAGAACCACAUCUACAGCUCUGAGCAGUACGAAGAAGCUAUGGUGAAUAAUGUUGGGGAGAAUAACAUUCAGAAUAACUCUGAAGUGGAUGGACUUGACACCUCAGAUGCAAUCACCAAUACCCAUCCACUGAAACUGGACCAGACAGCUGACCCAGGUUAUCCCUGCAACCCCCGCGAGGCUAUGAACAGUGUGGACAUGGAUCUAUCAAGGUCACAGAAACAGACCCCAACAUCAUCACAGGCUCAUGGUGCCUGCCUAACCCUCAAUGACCAUGACCGCAUCCGCCAGUUCAUCCAGGAGUUCACCUUCAGAGGACUGCUGCCACACAUCGAGAAGAACAUCCGCCAGCUCAAUGACCAGUUGGUGUCAAGGAAAGGGUUAAGUAGGUCUCUGUUCUCAGCUACAAAGAAGUGGUUUGGGGGUGGCAAGGUUCCAGAGAAGAGCAUUGCUGAACUAAAAAAUACUGCAGGACUGCUAUACCCCCCAGAAGCCCCUGAGCUGCAAAUUAGAAAGAUGGCUGACCUGUGCUUUCUGGUUCAGCACUAUGAGUUGGCCUACAACUGCUACCACACUGCCAAGAAGGACUUCCUCUCUGACCAGGCCAUGCUGUAUGCUGCUGGAGCACUGGAGAUGGCUGCUGUAUCUGCGUUUCUGCAGAGUGGAGCCCCCAGGCCGUACCCUGCCCACUACAUGGAGACAGCCAUCCAGACAUAUCGAGAUGUCUGCAAAAACAUGGUCCUGGCAGAGCGCUGUGCUCUGUUGAGUGCUGAAGUACUGAAGAGUCAGGCCAAAUACUCAGAAGCUGCAGCUCUCCUCAUCAAGAUGACCAGUGAGGACUCUGACCUGCGGAGUGCGCUCUUAUUGGAGCAGGCAGCUCACUGCUUCAUUAACAUGCGCAGCCCCAUGGUGAGGAAGUUUGCCUUCCACAUGAUCCUGUCAGGCCACCGUUUCAGCAAAGCCGGACAGAAGAGACAUGCAUUGCGGUGUUACUGCCAGGCCAUGCAGGUGUAUAAGGGGAAGGGCUGGACUCUUGCCGAGGAUCACAUCAACUUCACCAUCGGCCGACAGUCCUUCACUCUGUGCCAGCAAGAGAACGCCAUAGCCGCUUUCCGACACAUUCUGAUCGGCGACAGCAAGCAGUCUGCCACGCAGCAGAGCGCCUUCUUCAGGGAAUACCUUUAUGUGUAUAGGAGUGUGAGUCAGCCGUCCAACGAGAGCUCUCUGCCUCAGCUGCCCCUGCCCUGCUUACUCUGCACCCAGACGCGCGUGUUCUUUGGCCACGAGCGCAGACUUGCGGAGGGGGAAAAGCAAGCAGCCACCCAUGUGUGGCUGGAUCAGGAAUACGACCGGGAGCAGUCACAGCUGUGGGCGGAGUUGGAAGAGCAGGUGGUGGCUGUGGUCAACCGGGGCAGCGUGCCCGUCAGCUUCCAGCCAACUCAGUACUGCCUCAGCAGUCACACCGAUAACCUGCGCUACCCCCUCGCUGUGGUGGAAGAGCCCAUUAUCGUGGAGGUGGUGUUCAGAAAUCCUCUGAAGGUUCCACUGGCUUUGUCCGAAUUGUCUCUGCUGUGGAAAUUCACUCCCAAGGACUUUUCUGGGCCUCAAGGAGGCACGAGUGGAGAACCCAUCUCUAAUGAAAAGGAGGCAGCCACAGGCAAAGCCACAGCACUCAAUGACCUUAUCAGCACUGAAGUCAUUCCAGAGUUCCCUAUGAGUCCUGAAGAAACAAAAGUGGCUCGGCUGAAAUUGCUUCCUCAUAAAACAGGAGAGCUACAUGUCCUCGGUGUGGUCUACAAUCUGGGCACUGGAGAGGAGGACAGCAACACUGGUGAAGCAGCCAGUCGUUUGAUGUGUGUCCGCGGGAGGCAGGAUCUGGAAAUCCAGGGGCCGAGACUGAACACGACCAAAGAGGAGAAGACCUCUGUCCGACACGGAUCAGACCGUCGCCUUGAACCUAUAAUCACUCCUCCAAUGCCUCUGCUGGAGGUGUUUUUCAUUAACUUCCCCACGGGCUUGCUAUGCGGCGAGAUCAGAAAAGCGUGGGUGGAGUUUGUCAACGUGAGCGCCGUUCCCCUCACUGGCUUGCGGGUGGUGUCCACCCACCCGGAGUUCUUCACCUUCGGAAGUGCGACCUCUGACCUCACCCCAGUGACCCCCACUGCUGCUGAACACUGCUCCGCCUACAAGACAAUGGUCAUGCCCCCGUCUGUGGCUGCAGUGACGCUGGUAUCUCCUGCAUCGUUUGGCGUGACUGGGGAUGACCGGCCCACAGUAGCUGAGAUUGCUUUAACAGAAGGAGUUCUGGGACCCGGCGAGGCACUACAGAUACCACUGUGGCUCAGAGGCCCUGACCGAGAGGGCGUGCACGAGAUCCACUUCCUGUUUUACUAUGAGAGUGUGGAGAAAAAUGCAAAGCUCAGUCACCGAGUGCUGCGCCACACAGCCUUCAUCUGCGCGAGUCGUUCGCUGAGCGCAAGAGUGACAGCGUGUCGCAGUAACACGCUGCCAGGAAAAGUCAGGAGAGAGGAAAGGGAGGAGGAGCGCUGCGGCAGCAUGCUGGUGUUCGUGGAUGUGGAAAACAUCAACACUAGUGAAGCAGGAGUGCGCGAGUUCCACAUAGUGCAGGUGUCCAGCAGCAGCAGACAGUGGAGGCUACACAAGUGCAUCAAUCCUGCUGGAGACAAAGACUCUAAGUUGGGCAGCAGGGAGAGGGGGAAGCUGUGCUUCAGGGCAACUAGAUGCAGAACACAGGAAGCUACCUCAGACACAACAGAGAAAUACACUUUUGCUGACCUAAACCUUGGCAAUGAACAGAUUGUCAGUUCUAUGACUCCAUGUGCGGACUUCUUUUUCCGGAGAGGUCCGCCCUCUGAGUCCAGGAAAGGAGGCGUGUCUCCAGGUGGAGCCACGCACAUGAGGAGGCAGAGCCUCACACCUGCUGGCAGGACGGAUGACAGCAUAAUGAGUGUCGUUCGGAAAUGCAGUGAAGUGGAACUCGACAUCAUCGUCCUUUGGAAGGCUUAUGUUGUGGAGGACAACAAGCAGCUCAUUCUAGAGGGACAACUCCACGUUGCUUUGCAAACUAUUGGCAAGGAGGCAUGCUCACUCGCACAGAAAGAGGAAGCUCAGGAGAUGGUGCUGCUAAAGUUCAAGCCUGAUCCUCCACCUCCUGUCAGCAGACCCUCACUGGAACAGCUUUCUCAUCUCAUCAAGACCUGUCUGCACUACCCCGAGUCCUAUGACCACCCCUUCCCACAGAAAAGCUUAUGCAUGGUACCGGUUACCUUGACUCUGUCCAACUGUUCCUUGGCUCAGGUGGAUGUCAUCAUUGACCUGCGCCAGAAAACGACGAGCCCCGAGUCACUAGAGGUGCAUGGUGCGUUUACAUGGUUGGGGCAGACCCAGUACAAGCUGCAGCUGAGGCCACAGGAAGUCCACCAGCUAUCGCUGAAGGCCUGCUUCUUCCAGGCUGGUGUGUAUAACCUGGGCACGCCGCGGGUCUUUGCCAAGCUCGCCCAGUCAGGCACCAUGUGUGAGACCAGCCAGCAGAGCGCCAUGCCAGCUCUAAUCAUCAUUAACAGUGUGUGAUCCAGUCAUCGGUGCAGGACUGCUGCUGCUCCAGCCUCAACUCGCCACCCUACAGCAACAAUUCUCUUUCAGACUGCAGCAGUUUUCUACUUCUUGUUUAAAAAGAAUUGAAAAACUAAAUUUGGGGGGGAAACAAUAUACCGAGGUUAUGUUUAAGUGCAGUACUGCAUCUGACAUUCUUGUAAUCUCUGGGGAGAUGAUAAAGACCAACAUACCCAUAGUUGUUUUCGUCUUAAAUACAGAGAAUGGAGUUGAAACGUAAAAAGGUUCUUUUUUGUCUUUCCCAAGAAUAUUUCUCAUAUCAGCAUUUUUUUUUUUUUUUUUUUUUUUUUUUUUUUUUUUUUUUUUAAUUUUUAUGAAGUCCAUUUUAUUUACCCAAAUCAACACUUCAGACUAAACCUGUGCGUGUGCGUGCGUGCGUGCGUGUGUGUUGCUAAAUAAAUGGGUGUCUCCUCAUAUUGCCAGUGUUUCAGGCACUACGCUUCACUUCUGCAGUAACAAAGACUUUGCUCCAUGUGGAAUCUUGAAGCUGCAUAACUAAAGAUAUAACCUGCUGCAGGACUUGUUUUCUCUGCCUAACGGAUCAUGGCAUAAUUUCUUAUUCAAUGAGCAGGCUGUACAAGCUGUCAAAGCCAGUGAGGUGCGAAUGACAUCUGUUUGACAGUGAGGAAGCGGUGGCAUGAGUAGCCCACUGCAGUACUGUGACACGCUGUGUAAUACUCUGGUGUGUAUUGUUUUGCUGGACUGGGCUGAUUUCACAGGAAAUAUGUCAUUUUCUUUUCUUUACAAACCAAUCAUUUGCUCCUCUUUCCACCUGUCACCCCUGAUUAAACUGUUAUUUAAUGUAUCUAUGUGAUUGCUUUUCAGACAAAAUGAUGUAUUAUAUUUAUAACAAAUGACUGUAAAUAGAAUAAAAUGUAACCAGAUAACCACAAA